GGAAAGCUAAGAAAAGCGAGCAACCAAGAAAGCAACUCGUCUGCAGCGAGACCCUAACUACAAGGCACCAUGAAGACUUUCACUCUCCUCGCCAUCUGCGCUCUUCUGUCAGUGUGCUGGUCCAUGGGAGCUGUUGAACCAGAGGUUGUUGUGGACCCUGCUGCCGACACAGCUGCUGAUGCUGCACCUGCUGACCCUGCCGCUGCUGACCCUGCCGCCCCUGCCGCCCCUGAUUCAUCCUCCUCAUCCUCCUCAUCCUCUUCUUCCUCCUCUUCCGAGUCCUCCGAGUCCGACUCCAACUCUUCCUCAGACUCAGCAUCCGAUUCUAACUCCAGCUCCGACUCCUCCUCCUCAUCCUCCUCAUCCUCCUCCUCUGAGUCCUCCGAGUCUUCCUCCUCCUCCUCGUCUUCUUCCUCCUCCUCCUCCUCCUCCUCCUCCUCCUCCUCCUCCUCCUCUUCCUCUGAAUCUUCUGAAUCCUCUGAAUCUAAUUCCUCCUCCUCCUCCUCCUCCUCCUCCUCUUCAUCCUCUGAGUCCAAGUCCUCUGAGUCCGACUCCCCUGCCUCCGAUUCUUCCUCUUCCUCUUCAUCAGAGUCAGCUGAGGCUGCUCCAGUCAUGAAGAGAGACUUGGCUGCUGUCCUCCUGAGGAGAAGGAGAGCUGCACCUGCAGGAGACCUCACCCCUCUGCAGCUGGAGAGCCUGAGAGAGGUGUGUGAGCUGAACAUCGCCUGUGACGAGAUGGCUGAAACUGCAGGCAUCGUCGCCGCAUACGUCGCCUACUAUGGACCCGUCCCUUUCUAAGAUAAAGACUCCUCUGUCAUCCACAUAAGAACAGUUUUCUCUUUCAUUUUGUUUUAGAAUGGUGCAACAACUCCCCUGAAUCCAGAAAAGGAGGCGACGAUCAAAAAGUCUGGCCGAAGUUAUUAAGGCACAAAUCCUUGCACAAGUGACCAGCUUUAGUGGUCCUGUAUGAAAUGGCCUCUUCCAGGCUUUCAGAGAGAGGCACAUGGAAACACAAGCCUGUGAAGUAUGCAGUAGCCCACACUAGAUUAAAUUAUUCUUCACGUCUAUAGUAUAAUGCAAUGAAUGGUGCUACGAGUGCAGAUGUAUUGUUUGUUAAUGUAUUGAUGUUUUCACUGUAUGUCGUACUUUAGUCUUACUUUAACUAGAAGUGGUAGUUCUAGUGAGUAGUGGAUGUAGUAAUGAGGUACUGUAGUUUUAGUAGUGGUAGUGUACAGUGUGUGUGAAAUGCACAUCAGUUAUCUGUAAUGACUGUAACCACAAAUUGCCUCUGGGUUUGAAAGUAAUAAAUUAUUUUGUUUUGUCGAA